UGUUUCAAUUCACAAGUUCGCUUUGAUACGCAUCAUGAAGUUGUUUAUUGCAUUGGCUGCCAUUUUGGCCACAGCUGUCGCUGCUCCCAUGGAGGGACGCAUCACCCACGGCGAGAAGGCCCAUGAGGGUCAGUUCCCCUACCAGGUGGGACUCAGUCUGGCCAUCGGCUCAUCGGGUGCCUGGUGCGGUGGCACCUUGAUCUCCGAUCGUUGGGUGCUUACUGCUGCCCAUUGCACAGAUGGUGCUGACUCCGCUACCGUCUAUGUUGGUGCCAUUAACAUCAAGGAGGAGGAGCAUGGCCAGAAGCGCAUCAAGGUCGAUAAGGCUGACAUCAAGGUGCACGAGGAUUGGGAUGCCAGCCGUGUGGUCAACGACAUCUCGCUGAUCAAGCUGCCCGAAGCCAUUGAAUUCAACGAUCGUGUCAGAGCCGCCACUCUGCCCAAGAAGGAUGGACGCUACUCCACUUAUGCUGGCGAGCAGGCUUUCGCCUCCGGCUGGGGUCGUGACAGCGAUGAUGCCACCGCUGUUUCCUCUGUGCUGCGUUACGUUGAGAUGCCCAUCAUGAAGUCGAGCACCUGCAACAUCUACUGGGCUGGUAUGAUCACCGACAAGGUCAUCUGCAUGAGCACCAAGGAUGGCAAGUCCACCUGCAACGGUGACUCUGGUGGCCCAUUGGUUCACAAGCAGGGCGAUAUUAACUAUCUGAUUGGUGCCACCUCUUUCGGUCUGGCUCUGGGUUGCGAGAAGGGUUACCCAGCUGUCUUCACCCGUGUGACUGCCUAUCUGGAUUGGAUCGAGGAGAACAGCGGUGUUGUCAACAAAUAAGUUGAUGCCCAGCACUGACAGUGAUAAAUGAUUACAAUAAAUAUUGAAAGUAUUCUAAA